ACGGUAGGCUUUGUGCACUGCAAGAAAAGGUGCCGCAUCAAGAUUUAGACUUCGAAGUUUGUUCGGAAUCAACAUAGCAAAUACAACAUCACAUAAAAGGAAGCUAAAAAUGUAUCAUAACUGGUUGUCAGCCAACAUGAAGCACGGAACGGGCUAUAAAAGUCAUUCGAUCGUUGGAAUACUUCAUCUGGAGUCUAGUAGUAGCAGCGGUUCUGAUGGAGGCAGUUCUCCGCAAACCAAUGAGAAGAUUGGAACCAGACACGAAAGUUCGGCAGAUUCCAAUACUUUUGAGACGACUCGUCAACGUGGAAGCAAUGUCGACGAGCCCGUCAUUCGCCGUUACGCAACGGGAAUUGUAACCAGUAAUGACGCACAGACCAUGACAUUUAGUCUUGGCGAGGGUCGGGCAGGGGAUGAUUUUACUGACUCAAACGAAUACACGGACAGAGCCGAGGCGAGUGGCGGUAGCAAUACCAACCUAACUCAUGCUCGUGUCCCACACCCAACAUUUUCGAGUUCUGACUGUGAGAAACAAAAUCCGGAUCGGCCUGGUGACAAUGAGCAUAGUAUUUUGGAUACUCGUUAUCAUGGAACAGAGAAAUCGUCCUAUAGAAAUGGAUCCGACGGAAAAGAUGCAACAACGGAUGGUCGAGCAAACUCGGACUUCGUAAGUUCAAUAUGCGAAGUCCCAGUGCUUCGCGGAACGAGUACCGAAGAUAGGCAGUCGGAUACUAGUGAGAAUCAAAUUGCGAGGUGCAGUGACAAUAGUGUUGUGAGUGCUCGCGGGAAUGUUGAUGAAAAUGCAACUGACGAAAACCAGAGCGUUUACGGUGGUGAAGGAAGAUGUCCGAACAGCGAAGAAGUGCGCAUCGGAAGAGAGACGAGCACCGAUGGAGGUACCACGUCCAGUGACUCGAAGGAUAGUCAAAGAACCGCGGUCAAGCGCGACACGGCCAGUGCACGUACCGAUGAUGACCGAUGUACAGUGACCUCCAGUGCAAACAACGACAGUGACAGCAAGACGAGAAAUGUCGCUGAGAUAGGGUUUGACGCCAGCACUAGUGGUAGUCCGGCAAGUGGCGGUGCCACAGAGUUCGGUGAGAGCCGCAACAAUCGGAAAAGUAGUUCUUCACAAGGAUCUUCGAACAGUGAGUGUAAAACAGUGACAAUGGGUCUGAGUGCAACUGGAAGCACAAGGUCCGGUGGUGGAAGUCAAAGUUCGUCACAAUCUCCGGAUGGAGAGACGUCUGCAAGUAUGCGCAUCCGCAGGACUGGGCGCGUCAGUGAAGGAAGUACAGAUGAGAAAAGUGUGUCUAGUGCCACCCAGGGAAUGGACAGUGGAAAUUUUGCUGCUGCUGGUAACAGGGCCGAGCAAAUACGAUCAAUGACCAGUACCACGGUCGAUGGCAGACAGGGACAUAAUUCAGGCACCUCGAAUGAACGUCUCGAGAAUUUUGAGACUGCACAGUCCAUUGAUGAAUCUAAAAGUUCUAGAGGCAAAAAUUCAAGACAAAGAGGAAAGAAAUCGGGCGUACCGAAAGGGCCGCCUAGAGCUCGGGCUAUCAGAACAGGCGACGUUGCCACUCAGCUUGACGAUGCAGCAACUACAAUUAUUUCUAUGCAGGAAAACAUGAAGCUACAUACUGCCCCCAAAACCAAAAGGAAACCCAAGGCUAAAGGAAAGACUAAUAGACGGUCCAACUCCGAGCUGAAGCGAUCAUAUAUGUGCGAGUACGAGAGAUGUGGACGAAAGUACGCCUCCAAGCACGCCCGACAUCUUCACUACCGAAUCAAGCACAAUCAAGAUAGCAUAUUCAACAACCUCCGCGGUGAACCGUCUGGCACACAGCAACCCCAGCAACCCCAGCAGCCGCUACAGAUGAGUCAGACACAAGGUCUUAUAUUUGCUGUGCCCGCCGGAUGCACACUCACUCCGCAACCUGGGGUUAUACCUAUGCAAGGGCAACCUGGAAUUGUAAAAAUGGAGGGACAACAAUCUCAGCCUGUCUUAUUGCAAAUAUCCGCUGGGGGUCACACGCAAACACAGACAGUCAACCAUCAGAUGAUGCUAGUUAUGCUUCCAGACGGCACACAACAGUUGGUUCCGUUGCAGCAACCACAACAAAAUGUCCAGCAAGUACCAAUACCACAGUGGCAGACGAAUGGACAUGGAAAGAAGGAUCAGAACAGUAUUUCAAAAAAGAGCCCGCACCAGAGUGUCUUAAGGAUCGGCCGACCUCCUCCGGAAGAGAUUUCGGCGAACAAAUGUGACCGCAAACCACCACGUGCGCUUGGCGUUAAAUUCUCCACCACUCAAGCCUCCAGACAAGUCGCUCCAGGACAGCCUACCUUUGACAGUGUGGGCCGGGACGACGCCCAGAGCAGCAGUCAAAACUACCAGGGGACAAAUACUCGGCGGGAUAUAGAUCGGUUUCACUCGCCAGCUUCCCGGCAUAAUUUGGGAGUCUCAGGGAGUACGAAGGGGAGGAAGACAGAGAUGGCUAUGCCAUCAUCGCAUGUCCAUGGUGGUCGUCGCCACGAGCACCACCUCGAUAGUUUUUCGGGGGAAAUCCAUGGUAUUGUCAGUGGUCAUUCCACUGCACAUAACGUUCAGAAUGGCAACAUGCAACAACACGAAUCACAACAACAACAACAACAACAAGGUUCACAGCAGCACUCCGGUGGUUGUGGUAUGCAUCCGCAAGGUGCACCACAUAUGUCCGGUGAAACAUUUGGACAUACACACGGGCAGUAUCGGAAUCGGCACAGCUUCCCGCAAACGCAGAAUGGUACUCAGGAAUCAACUCGAGAGAACUUCAAGAGCCGUGCGGUUAGCAACAGCUUUGACUUAACCAAACUGCUAGGAUCGAAUGUGGACAAGGACAGAUUGUACAAGCACCCGUCGGAGCAUGUGGAACGUGCGAAUACUAUACGAACACGAUCCCUUGGAUAUUUCACUCAGAAUAGGGAAUCCAAGCCUCAGUCACUGGAGUUUGAUAGAGGAAGAAAUACUGGAAACUGGAUAGCUAAUGAUCAAACAUCUGGUGGUCAGAAACUUCAUAUGACUCAGCCUAUAAGAGGAAGAGAGCACUACACUCACAGAACUCAGAUGCAGGAUUCACUGCAGCGUUAUAUGUUGAACCAGUCGGGGCAGGCACUACAAGGACAGGGCAGUCAAGGACAAGAAGGUGAACUGUAUGAUGAUGAUAUCCAUGCUCGUAAGAGAUCACAUUCGCACCCGAGAAACAGGUCGCCAAGGUUUGCACAAAUUAGCAACCGCAAGCUGAGCCCCCAGAACCAGUUGCCGCCUCCGAGGCACAGACAGAAAGGGAAUGGGAUACAACGCCCCAAUACGGCCAACGAGGUUUAUUCGCCGCGACAGUCAUGUAGCCAUGGAAACGAUGCCCACUCGAACAAUGGUGGCGGGUCUUGUGCCAUGCAUGGACAUGGAGGUAGUGGUGGAGGACAAUAUCCGGAAUGGAAUCAGAAUCAGAUGCUGAAUAGUAGCGGGAACAUGCUGGGGAACGAUAGCUUCGUGAACGGCGACGGUGAUGUGAAUGCCAUGGCGAAUAGUACAUUGGACAGGAACACUUAUCGAUACAACAACAGCUGGAGCAACACAAAGUCUACCCCGUCCGGAGAUGGUACGGAAGGCUCAAACGGCUAUAAUAGUCAGAGCAGUUUGGGUAGCAAUGCACAGAAAAACUUUAGGAACAAUAUUAGUAGCUAUGCACAGAACAACUUUUGUGACAAUGCACAGAACAGUUUAAGUGGCAAUACACAGAACAAUUUUAGUGGCAAUACAAACGACGGGUUUGUACAGCACCGAUACCAACAACAACACAACUAUGCAAAUGGUACGCAACAGAGCCAGUCUUCGAGCGAAAGCGGCAGUGGAGGCGGAAGUGGCUCUAGUCUAGAAUGCACUAUGCACGGAGACAGUAGCGAGAAGACAAACAUGGUUGGUACCUUUGAUGGUGGCUCGUACAGGUAUAACGUUGAUUCUUUCAGUAAGAACAACGGUAUGGAAAACCAGUACGCUAACUCUAGUCGUUACGGUACAACACCAAUUGCGGGCUCUAAAUAGUCUGGCUAGCGCGAAUUCCCAUCUGCAGGUGUAACGACACGACUAUAUUAAAACUUGAUUUUGGAAAAAUCUGUUCUUCUUUUGCGCUGGUUGUGAUCGAUUAGGUA